AUGGCCUUUGUCAAAGGCAAGUCAAUAGCCGACAGCAUUGCCCUGGCGCAGGAAAUCUUCUGUGACUUAGAUAUGAAAGUCAAGGGAAGUAAUCUCAUCCUCAAAUUUGAUCUAGAGAAAGCUUAUGGCUGUGUCAGCUGGCCCUUCCUAACGGCAGUUCUGCAGAAAUUUAGCUUCAGCCAGGCAUGGAUUUCCAUUGCUGAGCAGUGUUGGUCGACCCCAUGGUUCUCUGUGCUCUUCAACGGGGAGUCCUCUAGCUUCUUUAAAGCUGAAAGAGGGUUACAUCAUGGAGAUCCCCUCUCUUCCAACCUCUUUAUUUUGGUCAUGGAAGUCCUCAGCUAG